GAUAUAUAAGAGACACAGGGAGAAAUGAAGAAAGUAGUGUUGAAAAUAUACUUAUACGACAACAGAGCCAAGCAAAAGGCCAUGAAGGCUGUCUCUUCCGUUUCAGGAAUUGAUUUCAUCGCCAUGGAUAUGAAUGAGAAGAAAAUGACAGUGAUCGGAGAAGUGGAUCCUGUUGACGUUGCCGGGAAAUUGCGGAAAUUUUGGCACACCGAUAUAGUGUUUGUUGGGCCACCGGAAGAGGCUAAUAAUAAGGAGGAAGAAGGCAACAACAAAGAAAAAGAAAAAGAGAAGGAAGAUAUUGCGAGGAAUCUGGUUAUGGCAGCAAUAAAAGGUGCAGCAUGUUAUAAUAAUCCAUAUGGAACGACACGUUACUAUCUCGAGAGUGUCGGAGAAGACAACCCCAACGCUUGUGUUAUCUCUUAA